AUGGUCGACACAAUUCCAGACAUUGCGGAUACCAAAUCGCGAAAGAGCGAUGUUGAGCAUGUCGAGCAAGAUCUUCAGAAGCCACAGCUUCUGCGUGAAGACGGCCAGCAAGAGUUCCCAGAGAUCUACCUUGAAGCGCUGGCACGGUACCCAAAUGACGAAUCAAUUGACCAAGCCGAUGAGAAGCGUCUUCUCCGCAAACUGGACAUGAGAAUAUUGCCACUUCUCGGAAUCUGCUACUUUUUCUACUACGUCGACAAGACCACACUGUAUGGCCUCUCUUCCAUAGACCCGGCAUCCCGGACUCUCUGCAGCCUUUAA